AUGGCUAUUUACAACCAAGGAAUCUCACAACGUAUGUCAUUCCCCUGUUACCCCUAUGAGAGCUGGUGCUGGUACACAUUGCUGGGAGACUUGAGGACAGAUAACAUCACUGGAUCCCUUGCAGACAUUCCCCAGAAUCAGCCUGGAAUGUGGACGCGCUUCCUCCGGAGCCGGACCCCCGCCCUGGCCUCCCCGCGGGAUGAGGCGGGUCAGUUCAGUCCGCUUCUCGGCAGAGGUGACUCGCGCAGAGAUGUAAACACGGAGAGACCAGCUGCGCUCGGCCCAUCCCCCCCGCCGGGGUCUGUAACCUCUUCCCUCAGCUCUGCCCCGCGCCCCGCGCUCCCCGCGGGCAGGCGCGCAGCGCGCCUUCCCCUUUCUCCAAGUCCCGCUCCGCGACCGUUGCCUGGGGACACUCAGCCCCCUUCCCCCAGCCCCCGGCCGGUGUCACCGCCGCAGCCGCCGGAAAACCCCUCCGCAAACCCCGAAGCAAACAACACAAGCGCGGGGCGGGGGCGCGGAGGGAGGCGGCGGCAGUCGGGACAGCCAGGCUUUAUCGCCGCGCCCUUCGCGCUCCCUCUCACCAGCCUCGGCUGCCCGCGCUCUUACCUGCUCUCCGCGACGCCUGGGAAGACCGCGGCGUCCUUUUCCCUCUCAGCAGGGCCGCGGACUAGCCGCCGCCGUUGGCCGAGCGUCCGGAGGGAGCCGGGGCCUCCCCAGCAGCCCGAGCCGCUCCACAGGGAGAGAAGGAGACAAAACAGAGGCUCGCCGCCCCGCGCAGCGACCCCCGCCCGCGCCGCCCCACCGACCCCCAACCGCCUAGGCGACGGCGGCGACACAGAGCUCGGCGCUGGGAGCAAUGGUUGCCCCCGCCCCGCUCCGCUCCCGGCCCCCUCCCUCCACCCCCCGCCUCGGCUCCUCCCCCUCGGCCUCCUGCCGCCGCCACCAGGACACUGGAGUCCGCCUCCCCCUCCCCGCCAGCUCAGAGUGCUCCUCCCCUCCCCACGCGGCGGGGGGGCGGGGGCGGCACCGCCAGUCACCGCAGCGCCUGUCAAACGCGGGCCGGCUAUUUAUACCCCGCGGGGCCCCGCCGCCCUCGAGGCCCCACCAGCCCGCCGAACCUGCUUCUUUUGCUGUCUUGAAUCCCGCCCUCUUCUCCUCGCCCAACUUCUCCCAAACCCGCCUUCCCAGAACCUGGACAAUGAGUCCACUUGCAGUACCAGCUUUAGGCCCAGAGGAGACAUGAGACAUCAAUCAACAUAUGUAAAAUGAACAUUGGUUUGGACUCUGAGGUGAGGAGGGAGCUUGGAGGCUUUCAGAUCACAGGGCCGGAUGUGGUGGCUCAUGCCUGUAAUCCCAGCACUUUGGGAGGACAAGGUUCGGGAUGGCACAUUCCUAAUUCCCUCUUGACCACAAAAUGUGAGGAUCUAGCCUCAAAUCUGCAACGCUUUCGUCUAAGAAAAAAAUUGUUUUUAAAUUUCCAUUUAACAGAAAUACAGAUGCAGAGCCAUAUAAUCAUCGGUCUUUGAUCACUCAGCAAAUCACAGAACAAGGAACAAAUCCUAGAGGAGAUGACAGGCCAGUUUUUGACCCUAUAGCCCAGCAACCUCAACACGGAACUGGAACCCUUUCCCACAUUAAUGGCAAGGCAAGCAAGUGACAGAUUUUUACUUUUUAGUUCAAUCUUUUUAAAUCAAUUAUAAAAGAUGACAGAUAUACACCUCUCUUGGGAUACUUUAGAUAGGGCCUUAUAUAAGUAUUAUAUGUCCUAAAAUCAGGCAGAUCUUUCUUUAUCCCCGUCACAUAUUUUACAUUUCUGAAAGUAAAACAGGAAAUUACUUCAAGAAAAUGCCUGGAAGAAAAGCAAAUAUUUUCAAAUAUUCAGAAGAAUGGAAUUUUUCAAAAAUUAAAAGUUGCCAAAGGGAGCCAGGCACCUGGAACCUCAGUGCUUUGAGAGGCUGAGACAGGAUGAUCACUUGAGGCCAGCAGUUUGAGACCAGCCUGGGUAACAUAGUGAGACCCUGUCUCUAUAAAAAAUAAAAAAAUUAGCCGGACCUGGUGGUGCAUGUCUGCAGUCAUAGCCACUCCGAAGUCUGGGGUGGGAGGAUCACUUCAGCCCAGCAGUUUGAGGCUGAAGUGAGCUAUAAUCACGCCACUGCACUCCAGCCUGGGCAAGAGAGCAAGAUCAUCUCUUAAAAAAAGGGAAAAUAAAAUAAAAUAA